AUGGUGGACACAGUCAACGGACCCCCAAGCUACAGGGACCCCAAGGUCCAGGGACCCCCAAGGUACAGGGACCCCAAGGUACAGGGACCCCAAGGUACAGGGACCCCAAGGUACAGGGACCUCAAGGUCCAGGGACCUCAAGGUACAGGGGUCCCAAGGUCCAGGGACCUCAAGGUUCAGGGACCCCAAGCUACAGGGACCCCAAGGUCCAGGGACCUCAAGGUUCAGGGACCUCAAGGUUCAGGGACCUCAAGGUUCAGGGACCUCAAGGUUCAGGGACCUCAAGGUUCAGGGACCCCAAGGUCCACGGUCCAGGGACCUCAAGGUCCAGGGACCUCAAGGUUCAGGGACCUCAAGGUUCAGGGACCCCAAGGUCCAGGGUCCAGGGACCUCAAGGUCCAGGGACCUCAAGGUUCAGGGACCUCAAGGUUCAGGGACCUCAAGGUUCAGGGACCCCAAGGUCCACGGUCCAGGGACCUCAAGGUCCAGGGACCUCAAGGUUCAGGGACCCCAAGGUCCAGGGUCCAGGGACCUCAAGGUCCAGGGACCUCAAGGUUCAGGGACCUCAAGGUUCAGGGACCUCAAGGUUCAGGGACCCCAAGGUCCACGGUCCAGGGACCUCAAGGUCCAGGGACCUCAAGGUCCAGGGACCUCAAGGUUCAGGGACCUCAAGGUUCAGGGACCUCAAGGUUCAGGGAAGCCCAAGAUUCAGGGACCCCGAGAUUCAUCAGUAAAUAA